UUUAAAGUUAUUAAUUACAAUUGAUUCACUGAAUUAGACCAUUGCUUCUGUGUAAAAGUUGGACUACCAUUCAGUUUUGUCGAAAGGUUCUUGAAUAUCCAUAUCAACCCCUCACAUCUGGCGCAGACUUAUGUAUGUUGAAGAGUUUCUUGAAAUCGCCCACUGUGUGGUAACUGUGGAACAUGAACACUGCGGAAGCCAGCGUCAACCAAAGCCAUCAUGCGACGCCGCCCACCAGCAAUGAGCCCUUCUGCGAGGACUACGUUCUUCAUGUGAAUAUGCCAAACAAAAGUUUCAAGGCAGUUCGCUUCCACGAAACUGAAACCGUGUGCAAUGUCAUCAAGAAGACGGUGGAGGACCUCAGCAGGGAUGUGCGGGCGCCGAGUAUUCAGCGGUACGCAUGCCGCAUGCUCAAUAUGAUCACAAAAGAGGAGCUGUGGCUGGCCAGGACAACGCCCAUGCGCAAGGUGCUCACACACAUCUUGUCGCCGGGCUGCUCAAACGUGGACUGUCCCAACAAUGAUGCUGCCAAAGCGGAGCUCGGCGAGGGCAAGCUGCAGUAUCAGGAUCAUGGCAGAAGAGUCAUUACCAACAGAGUGUGGCGCGUGGAGCUGAGAGUGCGCUAUGUGCCAAACAGUAUUCAAGAUCUAUUCGAUGAGGAUAAAGCCACAUGCUUUUAUUACUUUGAUCAGGUGAAGGAAGACUUCAUUCAGGCCAAUCUAACGGUGGACACUGAGCUGGCGGUGCAGCUGUGUUGCCUGGGCAUUCGUCACUUCUUUAAGAACAUAACCGUCAAAGCACCGGACAAGAAGCAGCACAUUGAUUACAUUGAAAAGGAAAUCGGAUUUAAGAGUUUUCUUCCACAAUCUGUGAUAGUCACAACCAAGCCAAAGAAUCUUAAGAAAAUGAUACAAGUCGGUUACAAAAAGGUCUAUAAUUAUAACGACAUUGAGUACUUGACGAGGUUCUUCGAUCUUUUGAAGAAUAUUUAUUUAACGAAUUAUGAGCACUUUGCGGUUACCCUCAGCUCGGCAUGGAAUAUAUCAGGAAUUCUACACGUUGGUCCGCACAUUGGAAUCUCUUAUCAGACUCAUCCGCAAGCGAGCCUGACGAACGUUGCCCAGUUCAAGGAUGUCGUUGCCAUCAAAACCUGCACUCUACCAAAGGAAAAGCUGCCCAAGCCCAUGGAUAAUACCACAGAAAAUGAGUCAAAUAACUUAAAUUGCAAUUGCCAGAAGAUCAAAACUCAAAUUAAAAUCUCUGCGUCCAACAAUGUCGAAGAUCUGGUUAUAACCUGCAAUGGAAUUAAUACUGCCGAGAGUAUUGCCGACCUUAUCGACGGCUAUUGCAGGCUGCUAUCAAAAGACCUAGACUUUACGAUUUGGCAACGAGAGACGACGAGCGCAUCGACCGAAGACAGCGCAGCGACGAAGGUCAAUGAUCUCCCGAUGGAGCAAGCCCAAGCCGCCGCUUCGAGUCCGAGAAAACCAAUGCUGACGGAUGAUUAUGCGGAAAUUGGUUUAUUGGAGGGCGAGGGCGAUUACUCAACGCCCACAGUUCGAAACUACGAGCUGGACAGGUCUCACAUCACUCCAAGUGCCAAGAUUGGAGUGGGACAAUUUGGAGAUGUUUACGUUGGCACCUACACGCUCCCCAAGUCAGCCAAGGCUAAGCAUUCGGAUGCAAAUGGGAAAGAUAAUGGUGCCGAUCCGAAAUCGAGCAAUGGCCGACCAGACGUGAUUCAAGUUGCGAUCAAAACCUGCAAAGCAAACGAAGAUCCCGAAAAGACAGAGAACUUCCUGGCCGAAGCUUAUAUCAUGCAAAAAUUCGACCAUCCACACAUUAUACGUUUGAUUGGAAUAUGCAGCGUAAUGCCCAUCUGGAUAGUCAUGGAACUGGCGAAGCUGGGCGAGUUGCGCGCCUACCUAAAGGCAAACAGCGACAGAUUAACUCAUGGAACCCUGCUUAAAUACUGCUACCAACUGUCGACGGCCCUCAGCUACUUGGAGUCGAAAAAGUUCGUACACCGAGAUAUAGCGGCACGCAAUGUACUCGUUAGCUCUCCCACGUGUGUUAAGCUGGCUGAUUUUGGUCUCUCCCGUUGGGUAUCCGAUCAGUCGUAUUAUCACUCCACACCCACUGUGGCUCUGCCUAUCAAAUGGAUGUCGCCCGAAUCGAUCAACUUUCGUAGAUUUACAACAGCCAGCGAUGUGUGGAUGUUUGGUGUUUGCAUCUGGGAGAUACUCAUGCUGGGCGUCAAGCCGUUUCAGGGCGUCAAGAACAGUGACGUAAUUUCGAAGCUGGAAAACGGCGAGCGGCUACCACUGCCACCAAACUGCCCGCCACGACUGUACUCGCUCAUGUCUCAGUGCUGGGCAUACGAACCAUUGAAAAGACCGAAUUUUAAGCGCAUUAAGGAAACAUUGAAUGAAAUUUUGAUGGAGGAUAGCAUCAGCGCAUCCGAGACACUGAAACGUGAGCAUCGACGGCUGGUGACCAAGUCCUGGGUGGGCAGUGAGGAGUCUGACAUUCCGCCAUUGAAGCCAUCAAGAGCAAUGCAUGACUCUGAUAUUCCAAGCAUGAUGUCCAAAGUGGAUGAGACAACUGGCAUACCUCAAACGUAUAUCAUUGCACAGAAUCCUGCGGUGCUGGCCCGACUGAUGAUGGAGAACCAAAAGCGAGGAAUCAAUCCGGCAGCUUACACCACGCCCGCUUCGGUAUUUAAUACUCUAGCUGUAGGAAUUGAUGACAGCAAAUCGAAUGUUUCGCUUAAGACAACCAAGCUGCCAGCAGCCGAUAUGCUGAAGCUUGAUCCCAUCGCCGAAUCUGAAAAGAACAAACUGCAAUAUGCCACUAACCCGAACCCCAACUCAAACCCCAAUCCCAAUCCCCUAACAGCUGCAGCUAACACCCUUGACCCAUCCCUUGCUUAUGCUAGGCCAGCGCCAAAGGGAAUGUUUUCCGGAAGUUUGCCCUCAAAGAGUAGCUUCGUUGUUUGUCCACCGCACAUGGAAGAGCAGAUGCAAAUGCAAAUGCAAAUGGAUCUGUCCAAUCCGGCAAUAUCGAAAAUCGCUGGCUACAGCCUGUACGGCAGUCUGGAGCGACAUCAACCGGUGCCGGCCGGCAGCAAGGGUGUCCAUUCGAAAGGCGGCAGCUUAGAGCGUCACAAGUCAUUGAUGUCGGCCCAGAAUUUGGUGUUCUACAACACAAAGCCGCCGUCGCCACACUGCAGCAACACGUCCGAGCGUUCGAGGAGCAUGGAGCGAAACACGUACUUUCACGCCUAUCGCCAGCAAAUGAAAAACUCCAUUGAAUGCGACUCGCUGCCCGAGGAAAUCUACGACUUUGGAGGUGCCGGACUCAAGACCUGUGUGUCUGCGCGUCAGAAUUCGAACUUUAGCCCAGCGAUGAACGUGUGCCCCGUGGAGCACGGCCAAGCAGCAACUCUAGAUGCCAGCCAGCACAUGGUGAUGGAGCCACAGAUGAUCAGUGACUCGUAUGGCCUUGUCUGUCAUGGUGGCUUAGUGCAAGGCGAAUGGGAUCGGCAAUGGAUGCUUGCUAGCCCUCAAAAUGUAACACACGAUGGCAGCUUGGACGGAGCUGCCUGCAUGGCAACUUUGCACGCUGACGCUGCGGGAAAUCAGACCUUUCAAAACGUGUUGGGCGAGAAGCUGCGGCAGCAGCGCAAAGACAGCAACAGCGAUGGUGAAUGGUUGUACCAGGAGGAGUUGCUGCGACGUAGGUCCAGUUCGAUUCCGCAUGGUGCCAGCAACGAGCAGCAGCCACACAUGUUUAAGCUAGACCUAAUGUCAGCCGGACCAUCCAGCCUGCCCGAUUGCUCCAAUGCGAACUCCCGACCCAUGACACCAAACACCAAUCAGCUGUCGCUAAAGUCAAACAACUCCUCCGCGGAUCACUUGUCCUCGCUGGCAGCUGGCGAGGAGCUGCAGUCCGGCUCUAACUCCAGAAGCUUUGGCACUUCGCCCUCCAGUCGGCCAGUCAAUCGUGCCAAUGAUGAAGUUUACUGCGCCACAACAUUGGUGGUCAAGUCCAUAAUGGUGCUGUCGCAGGGCGUUGAAAAGGCAAACACGGAGGGCUACUUGGAUUUGGUUAAGAAUGUGGGCGUUGAGCUAAGAAACUUGCUCACAUCGGUGGACAAAAUAUCUGUGCUGUUUCCAGCGCAGGCUCUCAAGGAAGUGCAAAUGGCACACAAAGUUCUAUCCAAAGACAUGCACGAGCUCGUUUCAGCGAUGAGAUUAGCGCAGCAAUACAGCGACACAACGCUAGACAGUGAAUAUCGCAAGAGCAUGCUAUCUGCCGCCCACAUCUUGGCCAUGGAUGCCAAGAACCUCUUUGAUGUCGUUGAUUCGAUACGGCAGCGUUAUCAGCACAUAUUCCCGCCAGUCACACCAAAAGAAGCGACUAAUGUGCCCUGCUUUGAGGCCACAGAGCCCACAAACGAACUGAGCAGUGGCUACAUCAAGUCCAGCACAUCUGGGGAGCUGCUCCAAAGCACAGACAGCGCUGCAGGCAACUGCACGGGGAUAUACGAUAAUGAUUUACAUUUAAGCUUGAACACACAGUUGCAGCUACAAAACAGCAAUGAUCGCAGUGCUGUGGGCAGCUUGCAGAGGGGAAUUAGCCUGGGCUUGGACACGACAAGGGCUUCAAACGAACCUCUACGCAUUGUAGAGGACGCUCUGAGUAGCCCCACCGAGCACAUGUACUGCAACACGUCCGCUGUCCAUGGCCAUGCGUAGAUCCAAGUGCAUCCAUAAUCCGCAUGACUGCAUGAAACUGAUGUACAUAUACUAUAAAUCAAAAUAUGUAUACAUAAACUAACAUAAACAUAACUCUUCUGCGAACUAUUCGAGUAUUUUGCUUAUAGUUAUUACUCUCACACAGUACUCCACCCUCAAGAUUGACGAGACCCCACUCGGCCGGCCGCAUUCUCUCCUCGUCAUGUAGUCAAAAUAAUUUAAG